UGUGGAUGAUGGCAUGUUAAGAAUCUUUAUAAGUAACCUGUGAUUCCAUGGUGAAGGCAAGCUGGUGCUGGCUGAUUCAGGAAACAGAUCCUUCUGCAUCAGUUUUCAAAUCUGCAUCAUCUCAUCACCUCAUCAUGAAGCUGCUGGCUGUGUGUGUCCUGGUUUUCUCUGUGAUGGCUCAGACCAGAGCUGACCCUAUUCCAGAUGACGGUUCCCCUGAUCCAGAAGAAGUUGACUUGGUCCAGAGAUCUACUUGUCCUCCCGGCUGGUCUCCAAUCAACAAUCGCUGCUUUCACUAUGUUGCCAAACCCAUGACUUGGGCUAGAGCUGAGAGAAACUGUCUGUCCAUGGGAGCAAACCUGGCAUCAGUUCAUGACACGAACGAGUACCAUCAGGUUCAGUCUGUGAUAGAAAUGGCAACUUACAAGUCCGAUGAAACAUGGAUUGGAGGCACUAACGCACAGGAGACGAGCAUUUGGUUUUGGAGCGAUGGAAGCCCUCUCCGCUAUACAAACUGGUGUCACGGAGAGCCUAAUAAUUGGAGAAACAAUCAGCACUGUUUGCAGAUGAACUAUUCAGGUGAAAAGUGCUGGGAUGACCAGACCUGUUCCGUCCGUCUUCCUUCUGUCUGCGCUAAGGAAGUCUGAUCAGUCUGAGGUUCACAAAGAUGCUUAAAACAGAAUCCAGUGUAGGAUCGUUGUGACCUGUUUCUGUUAACCUGCCCUUUUACAGCAUUGUGGCUAUCCUCAAAACUCUUUCUGCUCCUUUGCUUAAUGUAAUUUAUUUUUAAUGGUACCCAGUAAAUAAAGCCACAAAUAAACAGCACAGGUGGUUUUCUUCUUUUUAAUUAGAGCAGACUGGGUAUAAAAAAAUAUUUACAGACAUUUAAGACCUUGCAAAAAUAAACCUUUGAAGCAUAAAAAAGAUUGUGUGUGGUUUAUUUCCCAAUUUUGAUAUCUCCUUGUAGUAUCAAAAAUAAAAAAAUA